AUCACUGUUGCAGAGAUCUGUCGUGGACGCAUAUACGCCUGAUCGACUACCAAACACUGCCUGGCCCUACCUAUAUCGACUGCUCGACAAGAUGGCGCACCUUGACCCGUACUUUAAGCAGGUGGAUGCCCUACAGGGUAACUUCAUCGAGAGACUGAGGGAGGCUGUGGCUAUCCCAAGUAUCAGCUCCGAAGACCAGAGGAGGCCUGAUGUCGUCAAGAUGGGCCACUGGCUCGCGGACCAAAUCAAGGCGCUCGGGGGUACCGUUGAGCUCCGUGAGCUUGGAAAGCAGCCCGGUCGCGAACAUCUCGACCUUCCACCGUGUCUCCUAGGACGCUACGGAGACGAUCCCAAGAAGUUCAACGUCCUCGUCUAUGGCCACUACGAUGUUCAGCCUGCGAACAAGUCCGACGGCUGGGCGACGGACCCCUUCACCCUGAGCAUCGACGACAAGGACCGCAUGUACGGACGUGGCAGCACCGACGACAAGGGCCCGGUUCUGGGAUGGCUGAACGCAAUCGAGGCACACCAAAAGGCAGGUGUAGAACUGCCAGUAAACCUAGUCAUGUGCUUCGAGGGUAUGGAGGAGAAUGGUUCGGAGGGUCUAGACGACACCAUCCGCGCAGAGGCGAGGAAGUUCUUCAAGGAUGUGGAUGUUGUGUGCAUCUCGGACAACUACUGGCUGGGAACCGAGAAGCCUUGCUUGACAUAUGGUGUCCGUGGAUGCAACUACUACCAGAUCGAGGUCUCUGGACCUGGCCAAGAUUUGCACUCUGGUGUCUACGGUGGCAUGACACACGAGCCCAUGACCGACUUGGUGCGCAUCAUGAACUCGCUGGUCGACCCUGACGGCAAGAUUCUCAUCAAGGGCGUCGACGACCUCGUUGCCCCCCUUACCGAAGAGGAGGCUGCCCUCUACCCACCAAUCGCCUUUACCAUGGACGGGCUAAGGGAAUCGCUCGGUGGUGAGACGACAAUCCACGACAACAAGGAGGAUGCGCUAAAGCACAAGAUGCGAUACCCUUCUUUGUCGCUUCACGGCAUCGAGGGUGCUUUCUACUCCGAAGGCGCAAAGACCGUCAUCCCAGCCAAGGUCAUUGGAAAGUUCUCCAUUCGCACAGUGCCCAACAUGGAGAUUGACCCAGUCACAAAGCUCGUCGAGAAGCACAUCAACGAUGAGUUUGCGAAGCUCAAGUCGAAGAACAAGAUGAAGUUUAGCGUUGUACACUGCGGAAAGUGGUGGGUAGAGGACCCCAACCAUCCCAACUACACUGCUGCAGCAAAGGCCGUUGAGAGAGUUUUUGGCGUCAAGCCCGAUAUGACAAGAGAAGGCGGCAGUAUCCCUGUGACGCUCACUUUCCAGGAGGAGCUGGGCAAGAACGUCUUGUUGCUGCCCAUGGGUAGCUCAACAGAUGCCGCGCAUUCGAUCAACGAGAAGCUCGACAAGCGCAACUAUAUUGAAGGCACGAAGCUACUCGGCGCCUACCUGCACUAUGUUGCAGCGGAGCUCAAGCGCGAUUAG